GUCAAAGUCAUUGACUUAUGGUGAUAUUGGUUCAAUUUUUCGAUUUUUACAUGUUUCUAUAGUAUAGUUUUUGGAGUUGAACCUGUUACCCUAGACCCUAGAUUUGCCCUAAAUUUCGAGCUUACCAUCCAUUUGAACAUUUACUAAGUAGUUUUGGGGCCUUCGUAACAUGCCACGAAGCUGUCAGAGGCGGUUGAUGCGUACUACGAAUGCCCGGUAGGACAGCUACUGGUUGACCUGACCUGAGCUGACCCGACCUGGCCUAAAGACAUCAUCUGUUAUCAAAAAUAUCAUGAUAUUUACUCGUGAUCAGCUCCCUGAAAAAACCAUAGACGCCACAAAUCACGACGUACUAACAGGUCGAAUGAUCGGGAAAUGUUGACGUAAAACUCGACUGAAGGUCCUCCGAGGCCCCCCUGUGCCAUUUCCACAACAUUCGCUCCCUCCCCAGUCCCCAGAAGAGGCACCCCCUGCAGGUGUCGGCGAGCUGAGGUCAUGAGGUCAUUAUAGGUCCGCCCGUCACUGUCACCGCUCCAAGUGUCAGCGGUCAGUUGGGAGGGCGGCGGUGACAGUGCCGCUCGGACGGCGAUACGAUACACUUCCAGUACAGUCGGUCCAUACCUGCCGGUCCCCAAUGGCCGCCCACCGCUGCUGUACCGGCCCCCUGCCGCUGCUGCUGCUGGGGCUGCUGCUCUCAUGGGUGCCGCUCUGCCACGGAGCAGCCUGGACUCGACCGGCCACCGUCCAUCCCGGCCGGGAGGGCGAGUGCUAUGUCUCGGAGGACGAUGUGGACGUACCUGGCGGGAUCUACCUGAAGCCGGGUCAGGACUACUACCGCUCUCCGGCCGCCUGUGAGGUCUUCAAGUGCAGAGAGUCCUCCAGAGGUCUGGAGCUCAGCUUUUCCUCGUGCGGUGUGCUCAUCCCUUCCGAGGGGUGUACGCUGGUAUCCGAUGAUUCCGUCAACUACCCGCACUGCUGCCCCGAGAUCCGGUGCACCGGAUCUCGGCGGUGCUAGCUGAGCUAGCACCGCGGUGCUAGCUCGGCUCCGAGAUCGGCGCUGGGUAUGGACUGUCGUGUGGCCGCUGGUUACGUGAUGUCCGUCUUGACACCAGGGUGGUCAAUACACGAGUUCGGAGGCG